AAAGGAGCCGCUCCUUCUUCCUCUGAUCAGGCUUCUUUUAGCAGCUCUGGCCCAUCCAUCUCUCGCUCGGCUCGUUUGCGAAACGGCCCUCGGGUGGCUGGUCAGGUGUACCCGGGUAAUUAUAUCUCUGCUGGACACGGACCAGUCACAAGUGGGCGAGGUUUACUCUCGAACACGUCUACUCGGGCAAAGCGAGUUCGUCUGCAACAGCUAUACCAACCUCCUGAAGAGCUGCUUUUUAAAGGUGGCAUGCGCGAAUAUCGAAACUUGGUUUCAUGAAAAUUUCGUACAUAUCUUGUAA